AUGUCCAACAAAAUAGUUUCUUCAACCAUCAAGAAAUGUAAAGUCGUGUUUCUGUUUUGGAUAUUUUUAUCAAUAAAAUUUAGUCAAGGUAAGUUAUUUCAUUUUUCAUAUAGAUAAUUCAAUGGUUUGGUAAAUACCGUUGCAGGAUUGUAACGACGUGACGAGUAUAAUGAUUUCUAUAAAAAACUUUAUUAAAAUGCUUGAGAGUGAAUAAAAAUGUUAGUGUCAAACAUUUUAAUAAGAUUCUUAAUAGAGUUUUUUUUUAUAGAAAUCUUUACUCGUCAUUGUUUAAUAGAGUUUUUUUUUAUAGAAAUCUUAACUUGUCAGGGUUACAUAUACAUACAGAUUAUAUUCAUGUGUAAUACUAGAUGUAAUGUUAAAAUUGUGAAUACACACGUAUUAUUUCUGUAUUCUAUCAAAAGUAAACGAAGGUAGACAAUACACUAUUUCUGCACCAGAGAACCUUUUUCACUGUAAAAUAAAAUCGUCUGGUAAACAGAUGAUCAAUGGAAGUACUCGACUCUGUAUGGAACUGUCUCGCUCUUAAAACACUUUACGUUUGAUGACGAGAUGAAGAUGACGUUGCUUAGAUAAAUAAAACGGGACUUAUUAAAGUACGAAGCAGGUCAAUACAGUGUAAACGUAUUGGGUGGUAUUGUUAGACAGAGCAAAAUACGAAAAUCAUGGCCGUUCCAAUAUGGGAACAAAAACAGACUUAACAGUCACACACUAUCAGUGUCAAACGGUUUGAUUUUUGUAAUCUUUUUAAAAUUUGCAAGCAAGUUGACAGUUGUUAUAAUCGCAAUCUAAUUUUCUCAGUGUUACAAAACUACUUGUGAUCGUCGAAUACGAUAAACUACACACAGCCACCUUAAGAACACUUAAUUUCUGAACUUCAACAUACAAUAUCAGUAACGAUUAACAGGGAAUUAUAGCUCUUUCAUUAGAAUAAAAAUGUUUAAGUAUAAACGGAAACAAUUUUAAGUGUUAGAGUCAAUAUCAAUCUUCAAUGAAGGGAUGGCUAUAGUCAGUCAUUACCGUAUCCAAAUUCAAAUUGUUUUGACACUCAAACUCCAUCUUAAAAAGUUUGUCCAAUUUUUUUUUAUACAGGGGUAACGAAAUGCGGAUGGAUAUUUCGGGAUAAUCUUAUCAAUCCCACAUUAUCCGAUUUUGAUGCGAGUUACAUUCUGACAGCUAUCCCAGUAGUCAACGCGAAGCAAGCUUGGUGCAUUCCAGUUAAAAACCAUUCUCUCACAGUAGAUCUAGGUAUGCUGAUGUUAUGUAUGGUAUACGCUACUGCGUUUCCCAACUUACAAAACUAACACACCUCUUUCUAGAGGUUCAGUCAGGGCUGUAGCUAGAUCGAUAAUUGGGGGGGGGGUGCAUAUUCAUAUAUUCGUGUUCUGCCCGACGGAUUUUCUUUUGAAAGAGAUUGUUUUUCCGGUAUGUGAACAUGAAUAUAUGAAUUUAUCAGUAUAGCAGAGAGUGAGAUACUGAAAAAUACACAGUGAGAUACUUUCCAUAUCUUCACUGGUGAAGAUAUCGAUCACGUGACUUUUUCCAAUUUGCUUUUGAGUGUGAAAUUUCACAAUUUUUUGCUUGGGACUAUAUAAUGAACAGAACAUUACACGGUGGCUUGAAGAUAUGACUUUUAUCUUCUCGUGUUAUUGUUUUCACCACUCGAAGAUAAAAGUCAUAUCUUCGCGCCGCCGGGUAAUAUCCUCUAUAUGCACCACCCCAAUUAUCGCGUGACCGUCUAGCUACGGCCCUGGGUCCAGCCAUAUGGUCCAGCCAGGGCCAUGCAUCCCUUGUCUAUUAUAGGAUGAAACCGUGAUAUCCAAAGAAAAUCUGCAGUGUUUGGAAACACUCUUCUCACAUGUGAGAUUAUAAUUGAGAGGUGAAAUUAGAAUGAGACAACUGCAUAUUACAGGAAUCAAACUAGAAUUCUCAAAUCCUGACAUUUUUUCAUGAUUUCACCAUCAGGCAGCGUCACAAAUGUCACAAGACUAGCGGUGCAGGGCGAGAAUGGAACAGAGGAUUACGUCACCUCUUAUGAAGUGGAUCAUAGCGAAGAUGGAAGAGUUUUUACAAACAUUAAAAAUGGACUUAAACCACAAGUAAGUUGGAAGUAAUAAUGAAGGCUACGUUUCCACUGCACCGGGAUAGCUUGCCGUAGAAACGUGAAAAAACCCGUACCUUUUUGGAACGCUAUUUUCACACAUGGCAUUGCUUGUUCCAAUUCCAAAGGUUUCACUCUAGACAAAAUAAAAAUUGAGGUGGGUAAGUGCAUUAUUUAGCGAGGUCAUACAUUAUAGUGAAAUGAAACACCGAAAGAAAUUUUGAAAAAGAAGGGUACUGCCGAGUUUUUAAACCUACUUUGAGAUGAUUUCAUAUUUCUAACAAACCAGUAUUUACAAAGAAAUGCAAUACAAAAGUCGACUUCAUUUAUGGACGGGUUUUGUAGACGGAAUUUCUAUUCGACUUUACCAGGAGCGAAACAUAUAGGCCCUCUGGUAUCAAGACAACGAUUAUAGUGCCCAUUUCCUUUGUAAUUCAUGAAUUAUUAGUUUGAAAAUGGGGGUUUGAAAAAUUGAGACAUAACUUUCAUUUUGUUUUAGUGUUCAGCGAAGGAAUUUUUUGGCGCCUUUCCUGGCAUGUCAACUGGUUCUGAUAUCGCUGAAAGUAAUCUUACGAUUUCCUUCCGUGCACAAUACGUUCGUUUCCGACCGCAAGAAUCCGUGGGUAGACUUUGUACAAGGAUAGACAUAUAUGGCUGUCAGACAGGUAUAAGAACGUAGUGAAUGAUGUUACGCAAUAGCUCACUGUGCCAAGUGCAGUCUGGGUGGCAUUAGUUAAUAGGAUUUUCAAAACAUUGAAAAAGGGGCACAAGGGGCUUAAUUCACACAAGGGGCUUAAUUCGGUGGCGCAAUCGUGAGAGCAUGGAUAAUAAAAUAAAUUUUACAAUCCAUGGUCAGAGCAGCGCCUUCACCUCUGAGAUCCUGGGUCCGAUUCUCGCUACGGACUCAUGUGUGGACUCAUGUGAAAAGAGUCAGUCAACGCUCUGUUGAAAGUCGUGGGUUUUCUCUCGGCGCUCCGGUUCCCUCCCACAGGGAAAGUUGACAGGGUGGGUUAGGAUAAACACAGUUAGGAAAGUAAUAUCACAAUUGUUGUAAAGAUAAAUAGUCUAAGCUUAGUAGUUAAUACAAGUAAGCGUAGUACUCGAUGUAAUCGGUCACUGAAAAGCCCUGAUAGGGAGUGAGCUGAACAAUCAUAAUCACGAUGGAACAUUCUGAUCACUGGAUCAUGACUGGAUGGCACUAUAUUGUUAUAAUAAGUGUUAUGCAUAAGUCUCAUUCAAAAGAAUUCUCGCUUGCAAAGGAGGCCAGAAAGGCUACUUUAUAUCCAAAAGGUGGCCAUUCUGGAAAAUAUAUAAUAUCAACCAGCUUUCUCAUGUUCAUUUAUUUUAGAUGAUGGUCUCAGGGACUGGGUACCAUGGAGCGCGUGUACCUCCACGUCACAAACACCAACGGGUUGCUCGCGAUCACGCACGCGAACAUGUGAAAACAGACGCGAAGGUUGCAAAGGAGCACGAAACGAAACGGAAACAUGCAGAAGAAGUCAAUGUCCGGGAGGUGGGUCAUCUCAUAUCUUGAUUAAAAUCUAUGCGUAUACCGGGGUGAGGGGCAUAGGCUACCCCCCCCCCCACUCACACACACACAUACUACCAAACUGAGAUUCCCAGCAACAAAAGGUGAACAUAUGUCACUGACAAAAUAUAAAGUCCCUAGAGUCUGUUUUCAUUCUGGAACUGUUGAGAGUCCAUACCUGUAGAUUUUAUUUUUGUGGAGGUAGCCAAUCUUUAAAUGGAGCUAGACCAGCCUAGUCCCAGUCGUUCUGAAGCAAGCGCGAGAAAAAAAGUGGAUGUAGUACGAGACUGGGACCUGAAGCGUUCCGCACAGCACACCCAGGCAUAAAACUUUUAAGACUUAUUUAAAUAUAUCAAAGCAGCGAAUAGAGAGAGAGCCUGGGACUAGGCUGGAGCUAGACUAUGCCACAUUCUCGUACCCAGAGCCCGCCUUAUACACACGAUCAACAGGGCAUGACAAGGACGCGGUGUACGAGAAUGGGUUUGCUUCAACAGUCAACUGCAGAUCAAAAUUUAGCCUCUGAACGAGAACAAAAUGCCAAGUGUGUCAAUGUCAUGUUUAUGCGCAUAUUCUGGGUAUUUCAGUCUUAUUUAAUACAGCGGAAUAUAGAAGUGCAUUCUGAGAGUUCUUGCAGUUAUUCCAAUUAUUCCUGUUAGUCAGUAACUCCUGGUUUAGAUAACAAGCUCCAAAUGAUUUUUGGAGUUAGCAACACAGCAAGUAACUUCAACCUUACAUGUAUGUACCUAGCGGCUAUAGGCUGACUCCCCUCGCUAUACACAUACUUUUUGGAGUUAGGCAGUAACUCAAGGCUUAGAUACCUUGUUUUUUCAUGAUUUUUGGAGUUAUACGUAGCUCCAAAUGAUUAUUGGAGUUAGCCAGUAACUCCAGGCUUAGAUGCCUAGCUCCUAAAUUAUUUUUGCAGUUGUAUACUUAGCUCCAAAUGAUUUUUGGAGUUAGCCAGUAACUCCAGAAUUCAUAUUUCAACUCUUGAAUUACACAAGUUACUCAAGUGUAUAUUUUGGUUUGGAGUUAGCCCUUUAGAGCUUGGAGGUAGUGUCGCUCCAUAACGUUCUACUUUCUACAGGCAUGUGAGAGUCAACCGCAUGAACUUCUUGCCAGGUGUUUAUUCAUGGACUAUUCUCACGUGAAACUCUCACCAAAUAAAAUAAAAGUCAUAUAUUGUUCCUUUAGCAUGUGGGGAACUGGGAAUUAUCGACGACAAUCGCUCGAUCAACGACACCGCGUUCUUCGCGUCCUCGUAUAUGCCUGGGUUCCAGCCACAUCGAGCAAGAUUGAAUGGUUUUAAUGCGUGGUGUGCCAGUAUAACUGACCAGUUCCAAUACCUGGAGAUCGACUUUGGUAAGUUCAGUUGCACGGUAAACUAAACUAAGUUUAUUCCGUGUUUAUUUACACCCAAAAAUCGCAGAAAAUGGCCAUUCAGGGCUUUAAAAUGUUCCGGGGGAGCAUGCCACUGGAUUCCCCUAGCAUGUGCUGGUCUUAUUAUAACAUGACCUGACAAAUUCCCUCAGGCUCGCCAUGGAUUGCUCUUUCAGUUCCAAACUCCCCUAGCAGUCCCUGCCUCCUCCGCAGGCCCUUCGUUGGGCACAGUGCAGUGCAAUUGCAAUCUAUACAGAUCAGUGGCUGUGAUAUCAUUGCCGGGCAAUGCAUGUGGUACCCUGGAUUCCAGAGCCUUCGACAGUAAAUAAUAAAUUGAAAUGUCGCGAAGGCUCUGGUUCAACGGGAAGAUUCUUUGAUUAAACUACUAAAACCACUAAUUCUGUUUUGUGAUUGGCGCGGUUUAAUCAAAGAAUCUUCCCGUUGAACCAGAGCCUUCGCGACGUUUCAAUUUAUUAUUUACUGUCGAAGGCUCUGGAAUCCAGGGUAUGCAUGUAGCGGUCCAACUUCAACAUUUUUUCCCACGGAAAACUUGAGUCGGCCAAUCAAGGCGCAUUUCCACUCAAGAAAAAUUUCCACGGAUUUUCCGAAAAUAUCAUUGUUAAAAGUUGAAAAUUUUCAACUUCAAAAUUUUUUUCCGACGGAAAAUUUGUGUCGGCCAAUCACAUUUUACAAAAUUUUCUUUCGACGGAAAAUUUUCCUGAGUGGAAAUGAGCGUUAAUGAUGAUAUCUAGAAAAUAUCAUCGAAAAUAUCAUCAAGAUGAGAUCCAAAACAUUUCCAGGACAACAUUGAAAUUAACGUUCAAAACCCUUGAGAGCAAACGUUUGUUUUCUUCCUAAGGUGGUGAGACAGAAGUCAAUGAAAUAAAAAUCCAAGGAUUACAGAGUGGAAAUAGGUCGGCCUGGGUGACAAAAUUCUUUUUGGAUUUCCGACGAUCUGAUGGAUCAGGGUGGAGAGAUUAUACGGAAAACAAUUCCGUGAAAGUAAGUUGAAUUGUCAUCCAGUGCAGGACAUUUCAACUGGAAACCUGAAGAUAUCUGUAACGGGAAUACAAGAUUAUAAACACAACUAGAGAGCACUUGGAGAUUGCAUAUACCUCUGCCAGAGAAUUAAGUUAUGUGUCAUGUGCAUAAAUUAUACAAUGGGCUAAGUACAUAUUUAGUUGAGUCUGCCGGGCAAAGCAAGACAAACGUUUGCUAAUUUCGCAUCACAUUUUCACCCACAUUUAAUGAAAAUGUAAUCAAUGUGCCCUUGGACAAUGUCAAUUAGUCCCACAAAUGGAUGAAUUAAUAGAAACAUGAAGAUAGUUUUCCAAAACUCAUGUCUGUAUCAAUAGAAGUUUAUUUCCAAAAGUUUUGAAAAAAACAGGGGCCAGUUGUUUAAACUGGGUUAGCUUAACCCUCCGUUAACCUAAAAUUCAAAGCAAAUUUCCUGACAGCUUGUCUAUAAAUUUGGAAAUAUUUCUUCAGAGAUCUUGUCUGGAUCGAUAGGAGUUUACGUCUCUGAAGUUUUGAAAUAAACAGACGUGCAGAAAUACAUAAACUAAAACAGCAGGUUAAAUUUUAACCCAGGGUUAGCGCUAACCCACCUUUGAACAACCGGCCCUGGUGGAGGUAAUAAGCAUACAAAUCUUUUCAAUGCUAUGUCUUCUUCUUAGAUCUACGAUGGUAAUACAAAUGGAUCAAUGGUGAGGAGCUAUGUCCUGCCAGACGAACCUAGCGCACGCUUUAUCAGAUUUUAUCCCUUGGAAUGGACCAAUGACAUAUGUAUGCGUGUUUCAGUCUCUGGAUGUCGAGGUAAUAUAUCAUGAAGAGAAAUUUGAAGUCAUAUGUUUUCAACAGACAUAACUCAACUUUUCUUUACGUUUAGUUCCUCCCCUUUCCGCACCGAUCGCUAGUGGAGGUAGCGAAGAUGUCGAUGAAGCAUUCUGUAAGUUCUCAUUCAAAUGGUCAUGGCAGACACUGAGCUGGGGAUGGGGGGGGGUUAAGGGCGUAGGCUGCACCCCCCACCCCUGCCCACCAAACUGAGAUUUCCAACAACAAAAGGUGGACAUAUGUCACUGACAAAAUAUAAAAUCCCUGUAUUUCAUUCUGGAACCGUUGAGAGGAAACUGCAUGAACGUACUGAUGAUUUACAGCCAGGAGUUUAUUCAUCCGUUCGUGUUUCUUUAACCAAAAUUCAAGAUUAAUUGUUGGUGACACGCUGUCAAUGACAAGUUCCCAUAGUGAUAGUUAUACUUGACUCAUAUACUCGCAAAACUAUGGCAAAGAUAUAGCGAGAAAGAUUCGCAAAUCUAAAAGCAUUUUUUGGGCGAUUGUAAACAGCAAAUUCGAGCUUUGAUUUAUAAAAUAACACUGAAGUUCAACCUAUGUUACUUUUCCAAUGUCCAGGGAUUCUUCUGUGGAUUCUACUUGGUUUACUUCUCUUGUUACUCCUGCUGGGAUUGUUAUAUCUAUGUUGUCGUUAUUGUCCAUGUUGUGUCUGCUGUGGUUGUUGUCCUUGUGCCAAGUAAGUACAAACCCUGCGUGAGAGGGUCAUUCACAAACAAACUACGGACAUAGUCCACAUUGGAUUGAGAUAAAGUAUACGUCGCUACCCUCAGCACAAACAUUUAUUAUUAUAAAAGAGCGUCAGAUUGAAUUGACAGCAUGAUAACAUAUCUUAACUGAUAACUGACAAACGAUGAAACAAUAAUUUGCAACUGAUAUCUUACAAAAUAUUUUACUGACAAUUGGCUUGUAUUUUAAUGAAAAACUAACAUUCCAAGACCCAUAUUAAUCUGGCAAUCCACUGACAUCUAAAGUGCGCCAUUAACACCUCAUGUUUUCAAUAUUUUAUUCAGAAAAGCAAAGAAAACGGAUGGAACAAUGAUGAGAGAACUCACUUCAGAUGAAAUAGACGCACCACCCAGACCAGGCGUACAAUUCGCUACUGGAGCCACACAGACCGAUGGCGCGUCAGCACUGCCGGAGACUGAGACCCAGACAGUCGCUAUACAUUUUGACGGGGAAAAUGGUCGGGCCGGGGUAGGGGCAGUAUACUUCUCCCAACGUGAUGGGGGUACAAUAUCCGGGGCUAGAUCUAACGAGGGUAUGCAAACCCAGGAUGAUCAAACCCGUAUAUCUACCACAAGUGGCUUGAGUUCUAGCCGGCGAGAGGAGAUGAUGACGUCAGAAUCACGUGACAGAGCUGACGGCGCAAGAGUUGCUGGCAUGGCACGUGACAGAUCACGUGAGAGGAUAGAAGAAAGGACGACGUCAUCACAGUACCAGAGAGAAGAGUACCAGUCCUUCGCAGCUGCAAGUGGGAGAGGGGAGUACCUCGGACGUUACGAUGUGGGUGUGUCACAUGCUGGGGAAAGGGCAGUGGGUCAAACCCCCCUCGCCCCUCCUCCAGUAAUUGAGCUCGAAGUCACUCCAAAUCAGACUGGAUCUUGGCGGGUGGAGACUGUUGAUCAAGUUAAUGAGAGGCUGGCAUACGAAGGGCGGAGUCGUGGGGCGAGUGAACUACAGUACCAGAAGGUCAGCUACCGUGGCAUGCACGACCGUGAUAGAGCCAGGUCUGUUGAUGGACUGGGUACUAGUGACGUCAGAGGGAGUGGAGUUGUUGUAAAACUGGACGCCAGUGAUGGCCGAGGAGGACUGCGGACGAGUGAUGCUAUGGAUUCUCGUGAAACUACUGAAUAUACAGUUCAUCUCAGAGAUUGUCCCCCAGAAGCCCUUGCGAGAUUAGAAGCCACAGAAGUAGGUUCCAGGAACGCGCAUGAGAGGUACUACAAUCAAGACACAUACCGCGCCAGAGGUCGAGCAGGAGUUGAAAAACCAGAGCCGGAAGUGGAAACAUGGAAAGUGACAAGUAUCCGAGGUCAAGCUUUUCAAGGUACCAUCAACGUUGAUACAUCACGCGGUCACGUGACUGGACAACCAUUCCAUUACCAGGCCCCUCUAUCACCAACUUCCUCGGACGUGAGUAGUAUAAGCCAGUACAAUGGAUCUUCCAUCAGCGAGCAAUAUGAUGAGAGAAAUUCAUCGAGGAAGGAGAAAUAUUAUAAGGUAGGAGGAUGUUAAAAUGUCCUCACUAAAUAUCACAAGAGUGUGACUAUCAAACACCUCAGUUUUUCUCUGGGUAUUAGUGGUACUCCAGUUUCCUCCUGUAGUAACACUGGGUCAAUAAGAGAUGAUCCUUACUGGAUCUCUAGGAAGAACAGUUUAGAACUGAUAGAGCUAUCCAGUAUAAAUAAAGUUAGUUUAGUUUAGGUUUCCUCCUGUGGUAACACUGGAUCAAUAAGAGAUGAUCCUUACUGGAUCUCUAGGAAGAACAGUUUAGAACUGAUAGAGCUAUCCAGUAUAAAUAAAGUUAGUUUAGUUUAGGUUUCCUCCUGUAGUAAUACUGGAUCAAUAAGAGAUGAUCCUGACUGGACCUCUAGGAAGAACAGUUUAGAACUGAUAGAGCUAUACAGUAUAAAUAAAGUUAGUUUCGUUUAGGUUUCCUCCUGUAGUAACACUGAAUCAAUAAAAGAUAUCCUUACUGGACCUCUAGGAAAAACAGUUUAGAACUGAUAGAGAUAUCCAGUAUAAACAAAGUUAGUUUAGUUUAGGUUUCCUCCUGUAGUAACACUGAAUCAAUAAAAGAUGAUCCUUACUGGACCUCUAGGAAAAACAGUUUAGAACUGAUAGAGCUAUCCAGUAUAAACAAAAUUAGUUUAGUUUAGGUUUCCCCCUGUACUAGCUUUGAACAUAAUUACUAUUUAAAGUAUAACAACUGAUAUUUCUUAUUUUGUAGAUGUUUGAAUACUCACGUGACUAGCAAGCGACCAAUCACAAUCCACGUUAUUUGUUUACCAAAAUACAAAGAUUCAUUCUCAGAGCAGAGUGGAACACUGUCAUCAUCAUCAUCCUAGAGAAUUAUAGAGCAUUGUAGAUCAAAUCAUUUCAAAAUCAUUAAUAACGAACUGUUAGAUUAAUAAUAUAGGAUAGCUUUUUAAAAUUGUACAUUCAUUCCUACGAUGAAAAACAUUUUUUAAAUUGAUAAGCAAUAUCAUCUUGAAAAGGGAUAAGCUGCGAAAAUCGGUUCUCACCAACAAUUUCCAAACAAGUCGAUAACAACGGUUACUUGUUUAGAACUUAAACGUGGUGGUCCAGUGUAGGUAAGCUGUCGUGGUUUGUGUCUGAACUACAUGAAAAAAAUAUCUCAAACGUGGUGGUCCAGUGUAGGUAGUAUUCUACAAUAAGCUGUCGUGGUUUGUGUCUGAACUACCUGAAAAAGAUAUCUCAAACGUGGUGGUCCAGUGUAGGUAGUAUUCUACAAUAAGUUGCCGUGGUUUGUGUCUGAACUACCUGAAAAAGAUAUCUCAAACGUAGUGGUCCAGUGUAGGUAGUAUUCUACAAUAAGCUGUCGUGGUUUGUGUGUGAACUACCUGAAAAAAAUAUCCAGGAAGUCAGUAAGAUGCCCAACGUUUAAGUUAAUCUUUCAGGAUAUUUCGACAAAAAUCACGGCUGCUUAUUGAUCACAAUAUGCUGAACAUAUGCAACUGUGUAUACAACUAAAUUUAUUAUAGUGCAACAGCUUUGUCAUGCCAGUUGUAAAUAAGCCGUUGCAAACUUAUUGUCCUGUUUCAUUAUGUACAUUUUCUUGAUAACAUUCACCAAUAAAAUAAACUUCAGAAUCAUCAUUUUAGAUUGCCCUAAGAAUUUUCUAUUUUUCCUGGAAAUCAACCAUAAUGCAUUGCAAUUUUAAAUGGCGUCAGAAAAUGCGACAUCGUCCAUUAAUGAUUUGUCCUUGG